AUGGCAAAUGCAGAAGCCCACGAGCCUGGUCGCGCUGAGCUAAUCAAAGAAAUCGCUGAUAUCCUCUACUGGGCAGAUGAUUUUACAUAUUCAUCUGCCUUGUGGGCGUUUCUAUGGCUGUCCGACAUGUCUUGUCUUGAAAAACUAAAGCGAAGACUCGCUCAAGACCGAAUCAUUAACGAAUUUUGUAAUUUGACGAUAGACGUGAUAUUGCCAUGGCUUGGGAAAGAGAAAACUCAAUUGUCUGGGGCCACCACUCAUUAUGGAUCUGCUGUUAGUACUCCUACUGAACCUGGAUCCAGAAAAAGACGAAAGAUAUCAGGGGAUACUAGGCAAACUGCGGAGACAAAAUUUCCCAAGGACGAAUUGAGAGUUUCCGAACAGCGAAAGUUGACUCUCUUACGUGACGGGCGCUGUAUCAUCACGUCGCUUAAGAACUGGGAGCGUUCUCGAAAAUAG